CUGAUUUUUGUUGUGAUGGCUCUUGGGGCAGUGAGCCCACCUGGGACAAAGCUGAAGAACCAGAUCUGUGGUUGGAUACAUGGUUACCUUUGAUCCUGCCUAGCAAGUAAGCAAAAGGAAGAGGCAAAAGAAAGAAAGAAACAUUAAAUCCGUGGUGUGCUGGCUCAGCACCUUUCACAGCCCCAUCCUGCAACAAGUCAUUCUGUGAGCACUAUGAGUGCAAAAGCCAGCUCUGGAGGUGAGGAAGAAUCCUCAGGAAUGAGUAGUGAGGUCCUGGGAGAGAGUGGCCUCUUGGGAGAGGCCAAGAGGGGACAAGUGAUCCGUGUCGCCUACGUGAUUGCAGCGCUAGACCUGACCUUUCUCUUCAUUCAGAUGGGAGUCGUGCCUUACAUGGGAAAGAGCCUAGGUUUGGAUUCAGUGGGGUUUGGCUAUCUCCAGACCCUCUUUGGUGUCCUCCAGCUUGUGGGAGGUUAUAUUUUUGGAAGGUUUGCAGAUCAAUUUGGUGCCCGAGCAGCCUUAAUUCUCUCCUGUGCAUCUGGAAGCAUCUUCUUCCUGCUUAUGUCCCUCUCCACCAGCAUCCCCCUCCUCUUCCUCUCCAGGCUGCCAGCAGUGUUCAUGCAUGGGAUACCAGGCGCUCAGAAGGUCAUUACAGAUAUGACUCCUCCUUCCAAACGUGCUGGUGCUUUAGGGAAGCUGGGCCUUUGCUUUGGAGUGGGCAUUAUUUCUGGCUCUGCCCUGGGAGGUGUUCUAUCCACCAAAUUCAGUGUUUAUGUUCCUGCAUACGUUGGGCUGGUGGGAAGCCUCAUCAACACCCUGAUAGCAAUGAUUUGGAUCCCUUCACAGACUAAACCAAAGCCAGACCAUCAUGUGACAGAACACAGCACAUCACAGUCUGGCAGCUUGUUUAGCAUCAGAGAAAUCGUGCGCCUGAUGAAGUUUCCAGGAGUAAUGGAAGUUUUCAUAGUCAAGGUCUUUGCUGGACUUCCCAUAGGUUUGUUCAUGAUUAUGUUUUCCAUCAUCUCUAUGGAUUUCUUUGGCUUGGAAGCAGUGGAAUCUGGAUAUCUGAUGUCAUAUUUUGGUGUCCUUCAAAUGGUUGUCCAGGGUUUGGUGGUUGGGAAACUCGCUAGUCACUGCACAGAGAUGACCCUGCUCAGACUCAGCGUCUUCGUCUUUGCCGGCGUGGGCCUAGGCAUGGCCCUGAUGAGGACUGUGUGGCACUACUGCAUCAUUGCAGUGCCGCUGGUGUUUGCCUUCAGCAUGCUAGCCACCAUCACCGACAGCAUCCUCACCAAAGCUGUGCCCUCCUCUGACACUGGUGCCAUGCUCGGGAUUUGCGCCUCAGUGCAGCCCUUGACCCGGACAGUGGGUCCAACCAUUGGUGGAGUUUUAUAUAAACAAUUUGGAGUCUCCUCCUUUGGCUAUUUACAGCUAAUGGUCAAUUUAGGUUUGUUUGUUUACCUCUUGAAGAGUAAAAUCCCACUGGAAGAGAUGAAAAGCCAGUAGUACAGUUGCAAGAAAGUAACCCCUUUAUUUGUUCCAUAUAAAUAAAUCCUUGAGUUUUAUUUUUGAUUCCGUUAACCUAGAAUAAAA